AUGACAAGGCACAUCCACACAGAAGCCCUCAGCAAAAAGGCAAGGAUGCAACCCAUUGAAAUAGGAGUUGGACUGGCAGGAUUUGGUCUGGCAUUUCUCUUCCUUGGGAUUGUGCUUUUCUUUGACAAGGGACUGCUAGCAAUAGGAAAUAUUCUUUUCCUGGCAGGGCUAGGAUUCCUUAUAGGGUUGGAGAGGACAUUCCGGUUCUUCUUCCAGAGACACAAAUGGCAAGGCUGUUUAGCCUUUUUUGGAGGCAUUGUCAUUGUUCUUAUAGGAUGGCCUAUUGUGGGCAUCAUAGUGGAGCUCUAUGGCUCUUUCCUUCUGUUCAAAAGUGUUUUCCCAGUGGUGGUGAACUUCCUUCGAAGAUUGCCUGUGAUAGGAACCUUCCUCAAUCUUCCUUGGUUGUCAGGGGUACUUGUAAUGGAUUCCAAAAGAGAGGCCAUCAUUAAUUUGUCUCACGCUGGGAAGACCCCCACCCAGAUUGCCAAGGCCCUGAACAUCCACAGGGUUACUUUGUACAAGUUCCUCAACAAAUUUAAGGCCACGGGCAGUGUCAAGAGGAAGCCUGGAAGUGGAAGGCCACAUUUAGCAAGGACUCCGACGACGAUCAGAGUGAUAAAAGGAAAAAUCCAGUACAACCCCAUCCGGUCCAUGAGGAGGAUGGCCGAGGAAACGAACAUGAGUGAGAGGAUAGUCAGGAUUGUCAAAGAGGAUUUGGGAGCCAAGUCAAGGGCCAGGGGUAAGAGGCAGCUCUUAAAUGAGACCUCCAAGGCUAAGAGAGUAGCAAGAAGCCGGAAGCUUCUCCAGAUCUUCAAAAAGAGAAAACCAUUCUUGAUGAGGUGCCAGGGGAACGUUGUGAACUGCAAGAGCGUUGAAGAGCCCAACACGAAUGUAACGUCAUUUGAAGCUGGAACCAUGGCCGGAAAAGACGCGUCCUAUGUCUGGAAUGACUGGAAGGCUUCGUACGGCAUUGAAGACACCAUCCAUCUCGUAUCCGUCGGGGUUGUCAAGAUGGUAUUUGAUGCUGGUGAGACCUUUGCAAUGAUGCAGGUAGAGCAAGAUGAAGAUAGUAUGGAAGAAAAGAAAUGUGCAUGGAAGGUUUUAGUUGUCCGGGAGCACACAGUAUCUGUGCAUCAUCCUAAUGAUGUCUUCUUGAUAGACCAUGCAUGGACAUGUCGAGUUGGGAGUGCCAGGAAGGAUUUGGAAGAAGUGCCAGGACUUCUUGAACGAAUGGCUGCUCUUAUGGAUUUUGAACCAAGUGGGAAUCAAGAGACUCUUAUUGAAGACAUUCUCCAAAAAAUGUGGCUCUUUAAUGGAACCUACAAUAUAGCAUCUCCAGGACUGGAGACAGAAGAAAAAAUGCCUGUCUGGUAUGUGAUGGAUGAGUUUGGGUCUCGUAUCCAGCACUCAGAUUCACCCAAUGUUCGUGUGAUCCCCUUUCUAUACAUCCCAGAGGGGUUGGCAUAUUCUUUGCUCUUCCCAAUCUGUGAUAUUGAAAUGGGGAAGGAGAUAUGCAGGGAUUAUGUGGAAGGACCCUUCCGAGAUUCACAUGUCCGCAGGGCACUCAUGCUCCCUUGGUUCCCCAACCAUGACUUCACUUCUAUUGACCCCAGACAAGAGGAGCCUGCUGUGGACUUCUUCAAGUCUUACAAGAGAGAAGAGUACCUCCCAGUUGCAGAAGAUGCAGAGAGCAUCAUUUUGCCUGAAAGUGGUAUAAAAGUAUAUGCUGAAUACUCCUUCAUCAGGGAGUACUUAAAGCAUCCGAAGUUCAUAUUUGUGGAUAGUCCCGAGGAAGCCCAGAUCUUGUGGUUAUCUUAUCACUUCAAAGAGUUCAAGCUUUCAGAAAGUAGAGAAGAUAUUGAAGAUGAUGUGGCCAUCAUCCCACAUCCUACCCAAGGGAUGGCCACUGGUGUGACCAUCCCUUGGUCAUAUAUGAUCAUGAUGAUUGUACUCCUCACAAAAUUUUUCCAAAUGUUCCCUAAUAGUAAACUGAAGGAGAGGGCCCAGCUGGUGAACCAGUUCCCAUGUGAAGGAGUUAUGACCAUCAAGGACCUAUUGUGCAUAGUGUGUCGACGCAUGAGCAAGACCAAUGAAAAGGAUGAUCUUUCAUCCAGCCCAUGUUGGCUUCCCCUGACAUACAACCUUAAUACAGAACUACUUCAAUUUGUGUCCUUGUUUCAGAGGAGAGCUGCCAGGAUUUUGACAUUCUUCUACCAUGUCAUGUUUGUUAGAGGUGCAGACAAUCAUUGGAUUGUAAAGCCUUGGAACCUGGCCCGAAGUCUUGACACUCACGUCACAGCCAACCUCGAUCACAUCCUCCGUCUCCCCUUCUCUGGACCCAAGCUUGCUCAGAAAUACAUCCAUGAUCCAGUUCUCUUCCUCCGCCCAAGCAUUGGACAUGUAAAAUUUGACAUCCGCUACAUUGUCCUCCUGAGAAGUGUGAACCCCUUGCUCAUAUAUGCCUAUGAGCGAUUUUGGCUGAGGUUUGCUAAUAAAACUUUCAGUUUGGAUCAUCUGGAUGAGUAUGAGAAACAUUUUACUGUUAUGAACUACACUGAGGCACCACUCCAGCAAAUGUUCUGUGAAGACUUUGUGAAAGAGUUUGAGCAGCAAAACGCACCAUACAAGUGGGAGGAGUUGGAGGUGGAGAUUUUCCGGAUGAUUGGAGAGGCUUUCUGUGGUGCCACUCGUGCUGCACCUCCUGCAGGCAUUUCACCUUCCCCCCGGUCUCGUGCCAUGUAUGCAAUUGACCUCAUGCUGACAUGGAAGGAGUCUCAAACAGGUGAGAGGUGUAUGAAACCUCAACUACUGGAGGUGAACUGGUCCCCUGAUUGUCAGAGGGCCUGUGAAUAUUAUCCUGACUUCUUCAAUGAAAUUUUCUCUGUCCUUUUCCUGGAUGAAGUGGAGGAGAAGCAUGUGAAGGUCAUACCUAUGCAAGAGGAUAGUCGCAAAAUUUUCUUCGUGGAUCACAUAAACCAGCCAAUACCUCUACUUUUGCUAUCAUUGGUGAGAAUGGUGACAGAGGCAGUGACUGGUUCCUUCAAUGCAGAGCUCUCCUCUCGCUUGCACCAAGCCAAAGUUCUUGUCGUUGGGGCUGGAGGUGUUGGCUGUGAAUUACUGAAGAAUCUUGUCCUUGCUGGAUUCCAAGAUAUUGAGAUUGUGGACCUGGACACUAUUGAUGUGAGCAACUUGAAUCGGCAAUUCUUGUUCCACAAGCAGCAUGUGGGGCAAUCAAAAGUGCAGGUUGCCAGGGAGAGUGCUCUGGCUUUUAACCCCAAUGUCAGGAUCACAGCACACCAUGGCACCAUUAUGAGUUCAGAGUUUGGCCUGGAAUACUUCAAGAAGUUUGAUGUUGUCAUGAAUGCAUUGGACAACCAAGGAGCAAGGAGCCACGUGAAUCGCAUGUGCCUUGCAGCCGACAUUCCCCUCAUUGAGAGUGGCACUGCUGGGUUCAUGGGUCAGGUCCAGGUCAUCAAGAAGGGACUCUCCCAAUGCUAUGAGUGUACCCCAAAAGCCCCCCAAAAGACCUUCCCAAAUUGCACCAUCCGCAAUACUCCAUCUGAGCCUAUACACUGUAUUGUUUGGGCCAAACACCUCUUCAAUCAGUUGUUUGGUGAAGCUGAUGAGGAUGAAGAAGUUUCACCUGAUACUGCUGAUCCUGAAUUAGCUGGUUCAGCUGCUACAGAAGCCAUGAAAGCCCAGCAAGAUGAUGCUGUGCAGGACUCUAAAGAAAUGGAAUAUCCCUCAGGGAAUGUGGUACGAGUUUCCACCCGCCGAUGGGCUGAGAUGCAGGGAUACAAUCCAAAGAAGUUGUUCACAAAGCUCUUCAAAGAGGAUAUUGAGUACCUGCUUUCCAUGAAGGAUCUCUGGGAGAAGCGGGGUCGCCUCCCUCCCAGUCCUCUUCUUUGGGAUAACCUUCCCGAUGCUGCUGCUGGGAGCAGUCGAGACACUCAUAACAGUGACCAAGUCCUAUGGAGUAUGUCGCAGUGUGCAGAGGUGUUUGAACGGUGUGUAAAGGAGCUACAUAAGAGGCUCUCAGAUAGGGGAGAUGGUGGCAAUACUUUGGUUUGGGACAAGGAUGAUGAUGUGGCCAUGGAUUUUGUUGCUGCCUGUGCUAAUCUUCGCUCCCAUAUUUUCUCCAUUCCCGAGAAGAGUCGCUUUCAUGUUAAAUCAAUGGCAGGGAACAUCAUUCCAGCCAUAGCCACAUCCAAUGCCAUCAUUGCUGGCUGCAUUGUCCUCCAGGCUCUGCAUAUCCUAGAGGGAAACUGGCACUUUUGCCACAAUGUGGCCCUGAAUCGCUCAGCCCAUGCAUUGACAAAGAAGCUCAUGCUUCCUGAGAAACUUGCCAAGCCCAAUCCCAAGUGCUAUGUCUGCUCACCAAAGAAUGAAGUAGUGCUUCAGGUAAAUGUGGAGAAGAUGCAUGUGCAUGACCUGGAAGAGAAGGUGCUGAAGGGGAAACUGAGCAUGGUUGCACCUGAUGUCAUGGUGGAAGGGAAGGGAGUUAUCUUGAUCUCAAGUGAGGAGGGGGAAACAGAAGCCAACCUUGACAAAACCCUCCAGGUCCUGCCUGACUCUUUUACUCUUCAUUUUGGAAUUGCCAGUGGAGUGCGCCUUGCCUGUGAUGAUUUCCUUCAGAAUUAUCAGCUGGUCAUCACUGUCAUGCACAAAGCAGAGUUUGAUCCUGAGGGAGGAGGAGAUGGAUUUGAGAUCGUGGGUGACAUUUCUCAGAUAAAGGCUGAAGCAAAUGGCGAGGCAUCUGAAGAGAAAACAAAAGAAGAAGAGGAGGAGAAGCCACAGAAUGUCGAAGAAGAUGUGAUAGUGGAUGCUGAAGUGUGGGACACUGAAGAGGCACCAAGUCGGAAGAGGAAAGUGCCAUCUGCAGCUGAGGAAGGUCUUCCUGUUCAUUCCAAGAAAAGAAGAACACUAGAUAAUGGUAGCUCCCAUGACUGCCAUGGCGAAACUCAACAUGAUGAUGGGAACUCCAGUGGCUUCCAUGAGGAACCUGAGAUUGUGGAUAUUGAAUGAGAAUUUCUGAGCCUUGUGAACAGUGGUAGGAGGGCUUGUACAACGUCUACACAGACCAGAGAAAGCAAAACUCUCUACCUCUUCAUUUAUUAAUUUCAUAAUUUAUUCCAGGCUCUGUGGAGUGGAUGUCUCUCUCUGGCCCAAGGCUUGGCAUCUAGGCUUUAUAGGUUGAAUUUUUCAGUUGGUUCAUGAUCACCUUUCUCUAUAUUUCAUUGAAUUGUUUAAUGUUGAUUGGUAACACCAUCCAUAAAUAAGAGGCCACUCUUUGCCAUCUCUGUUUGCGAUUUACUUGUCUUCCAUGUACAAUGCAUUCAGUUGCCCAGUGAUGUUCUUUUAUUCAUGUCACUGCCACAGCCAUGGGGUGAAUUCUGUCUUGUGAUUCUCACUCAAUCUUCUCUGUUCAAAUGAAAAAAGUCUUUUUUGGUAAUAAAUGUUGGCUGAUCCUUGAA